AAACCAGUUUUUGUUGUGCAGGCGAUCGGGACAACACACAUUCCGCAAGUCCUGUAGCUUAGGCGAAUGCCCGACCCCUCGUCACGUGGCAUAUCAAAAGUCAGUCGGGACAAAUGGAUGAACGGGUGAUCAUCACUUGAGGAAGGUAAUCAGUUUUUAUACAGACUGGAAGGACUAAAGUGCAUCGAAUCUAAGACAUUGCUGACUAUUCUCCUUCGACACCUUUCAUUCCAGGAGGCUUGAGCGAAGAGCCCUUGCAAAUCCUCACUCGGUAUUUGAACAAGCCAAUAUUUUGCCAAGAGCGACUUUACAUAGCUUCAGCUGUGUGGCCGCUGAUGCCGAUUUUCAUCUUGGAUAUAAUACCCGCAUCAUUUACAUUUGCUUUCUGCACUUUGUUGUCAGUCUGUGCAUGUAUUCUUCACUCGGGUCCGGCUUUCAGCUCAAAAUCUGUUGCGGCGUUAUCGUGAUUGAUUCGCUAGAUCUGGAUCCAUAAAUACAACUUCCGACACAGAAGCGUUAUUCAGCUUUAGAAUAGUAUAUGCAUACCAACAUUGCCGACUCAGCUAGUCUUUGUCUGAGACUUCUAGAUCAACUUACUGCUAUAUAUUUCUUCUUCAUUUGUAUUGUGUUAAUCAAGACUUUGGAAUGGAUUUUGCAUACAUAUUUUCAUAUCAACCAAUGCAGUUUGAUGUCUAAGACUCAUCCUUGUAGCAUCAUUGAAUUCUUUGUUCUUUGGCUUUCUCAAUCUCAUUAGGCCAGGUCAGUGCCAUUUGUUUUUCCCUAAACCGCUGCUGACAACAGUUUUGACUGGAGAAACUGAGCAGGAUCUGCUCAGAAUCAUAGCCUAGCACCUCAUCCAUUCAGGACAGCUGAGGAAAGCUACCCUGAAUACAACUGAAAUCAAUUUUAGAAGGAAAGCAGCAAUCAGAAAAUAAAUCAUUCUCGUUUCCCUCGAAGAGUUGGUGACAAACACAAUCUGAAAGAGAGACGGUUUCUAUGAAUCUCAUAAUUAACAUUAUAAAAAAUGUAUAGACAAGACAUGAUGAUGGCCUGAGUGUCUUUCUAUCUUGUCUCAAAUAAGUUGUGCCUUUUGAGUAUCUGGAUUUUCCUAAUGACAGUUGGAAAUACCACACCGCUCUUCCUUCACUGUGCCUUACUAAGGAUUACAUAUUCUGGAAUACUACCUAAGCUGCUGUAAUAGUGUGUGGGAUGGGAUUCUGAGUGUCUGGUUAAUGGAUGCAAAGCAUUGUAUCGGGCAUAGAGAAAACAAAAGCACACUAAUUUUCACUUGGAUCGUGUGAGAUCAAGUCUGAUGCUCACGAAGCUUGCUACCUUCUUAUCUGCUGCUGUGAUUUUUCUUUGCUUUUUCGUUACCGUGCUGGAAUACUUUACCCGGGAAUUAUACUGCUCUGUGCAACGCAGGGUUAACAAUAUCACGAGUAUCGUUAACAUAAACGUGCAACCAACAAAUACUGCCAGUGUUGCUGACACUUGCGAGAAGAAACUGACAAACACCACUCGUAGUAUAAAUAGCAAAUCAGAGAGCACUGCUGGUGUUGCCAUCAGUAAUAAACCUACAAAUUCUGUCGACAUCGUUAGCAACGAGGAACCGACAGCCAUGAAUAAGAUGACGUCACUGGAGAUCUCGCGGGCUAAUAGCCUGCUUCACCGUCAGCCCAAGAACCCUUUGCAGAAGAUGAAGAACGGUCGGCCGUGCAGCUUCCCGACGACACGCACCGAGCUGUACUCCAUCUAUCGCAACCAGGGGGAGCGACAGACGGAAGAGCAGCGUAUCCUGGAUGAGAUCUUCUCGUGCUUACUCAAAGGCAUCGUGGACGGCUGUUACGAUGAGAAUGGCCUGAACGCUCUUCAUCUCAGUUCCAAAGAGGGGCACCUGAACAUUGUCACAGAACUGCUCAAGAGAGGCGCAGAUGUGGACGCAGCCACUAAGAAAGGAAACACCGCCCUCCACAUCGCUUCUCUCGCCGGACAGGAGGACAUCGUCCGCGUCCUGGUUGAGUUCAACGCCAACGUGAAUGUCCAGUCGCAGAAUGGCUUCACCCCUCUGUAUAUGGCCGCCCAGGAGAACCAUGUUAAAGUCGUCAAAUUCCUCCUGGCUAAUGGAGCCAAUCAGAACCUUGCAACAGAGGACGGCUUUUUGCCGCUAGAUGUCGCGACCCAGCAGGGUCACGAUAUUGUCGUGGAAACGCUCUUGCAACACUCACGACCCCAGUAUCCGAACAAAUCGGAGGAUGGGUUUACACCGCUGGCGGUUGCCCUUCAGCAAGGUCAUGACAAGGUCGUUGCUGUCCUGCUGGAGAACGAUCGUGCGGGUAAGACUCGGCUUCCUGCCCUUCACAUCGCUGCCCGUAAGGACGAUACUAAGGCCGCUUCACUGCUUUUACAAAAUGGACACAAUCCAGACGUUCCAUCCAAGAGUCAAUUCACUCCACUGCAUAUUGCCGCUCACUAUGGUCAUGUCAACGUAGCUACACUUCUUCUUCAGAAAGGAGCUUCAGUGGAUUAUAAUGCAAGGAACCAUAUAAAACCCCUCCAUGUUGCAGCCAAGUGGGGGCGUGUCAAUAUGGUCAACACCCUCCUUGACCGAGGGGCGUGUAUUGACGCUAAGACCAGGGAUGGCUUGACACCACUUCAUUGCUCAGCACGCAGUGGACAUGAGCAGUGUGUUGAUCAGCUGCUUGAGAGAGGAGCACCAAUCUCAGCCAAGACAAAGAAUGGACUUGCCCCACUUCACAUGGCAGCCCAAGGAGAUCAUGUGGACAGUGCGAGACUCCUUCUCUACCACCACGCCCCUGUUGAUGAUGUCACCGUCGAUUACUUGACCCCUCUUCAUGUUGCUGCUCAUUGUGGUCAUCACAAGGUAGCCAAACUGCUGCUUGAUCGCAAGGCCAACCCAUCGGCCAGAGCUCUGAAUGGAUUCACUCCCCUUCAUAUUGCUUGCAAGAAGAACAGAGUCAAGGUCAUUGAACUUCUGCUGAAGUAUGGUGCGUCUGUACAGGCCAUCACCGAGUCUGGCCUUACUCCUCUGCAUGUUGCCGCAUUCAUGGGCAAUAUCAACAUCGUGAUGUACCUCAUCAAAAACGGCGGAGGUGUUGACGAGACCAAUGUGCGUGGCGAGACUCCUCUCCACUUGGCCGCCCGAGCCAACCAGAUUGAGGUCAUCCGUGUGUUGCUAAGCAACGGGGCAAAGGUUGACGCCCGUGCCCAUGAGAACCAGACCCCACUCCACAUCGCUGCUCGCCUGGGCAACGCGGAGAUCGUCAAGUUGCUGCUCGACAACGGGGCGUCUCCCGAUGCCCAGACCCGGGAUCUCUACACUGCUCUGCACAUCGCUGCUCGCGAAGGCAAGGAAGACGUUGCUAGGGUGUUGUUGGAUAACGGCGCCACACUCUCUAUGACAACCAAGAAAGACUUCACUCCUCUUCAUGUAGCUGCUAAGUACGGCCGUUAUGAUGUCGCUCAGCUUCUCCUCAGUCGCUAUGCUAGUCCUGAUGCUACUGCUCAGAAUGGUUUGACUCCUCUACACAUUGCUGCUCACUAUGACAAUGUUAAGGUUGCUAUGCUGCUUUUGGACCAGGGUGCCUCUCCACACAAGACUGCUAAGAAUGGAUUCACUCCUCUCCACAUCGCUGCGAAGAAGAACCAGAUGGACGUCGCCACCACACUCCUGGAGUACGGUGCCGAUUCCAAUGCCAUGACCAAGCAAGGCAUCAGUCCUAUCCACCUUGCAGCUCAAGAGGGUCAUACUGAGAUGCUUGCUCUGCUCCUGGAGCGAGGUGCCAAGCCAAACAUCAUGUCUAAGAACGGACUGACCCCUCUCCAUCUUGCUGCACAAGAAGACCAGUUGGAAGCCGUCGCUAUGCUCCUUGACAACGGCUCCCAGAUUGACCCUCAGACCAAGGCCGGCUACACCCCACUCCAUGUUGCUUGUCACUAUGGCAACCUGAAGACCGUCACCUAUCUGUUGGAGCAUGGUUCGGCUGUCCAGGCUAAGACUAAGCAUGGUUUGACUCCAUUACAUCAAGGUGCACAGCAAGGUCAUGUUGCUAUCAUCAACAUUCUCCUACAACAUAAGGCUGAACCUAAUGAAACAGCUAAUAACGGCUACACGGCUUUAGGAAUUGCCAAGAGGUUUGGUUACAUCUCGGUUGUCAAUACACUCUCCAUCGUUACCACGGAAACAAGCACUGUGAUCUCUCCGACCGAAGAGAAAUUGAAGGUUCAAGUUCCAGAGACUAUGCAGGUUACUUUCAUGUCUGAUACCGAAGAUGAAGAAAGUACCGGGGAUGACGUAUCCAUGACAGGUGACCAGUCUCUACUAACCCCACAGGAGAUCAGAACCAUGGGCGAUGAUUCCGUCGUCAAUGACCACCGCCGAUCUUGGGAGGAGGAUUGGAUGCGGGGAGAACCAAUCAUGAACUACUACACCGGUCAUGAAUCCCUGUCUGGUCACUAUGGGAACGACAAGGGUCGCCCCGCCUACAGCCCGACCGGUUACAGCACCAUGGAUUCCAGGAAUAGCACCCUCAACAGGGACUACAAUGCACCCCUUGGACGCCCAGAUGAGAGCCUCAUCGAGGGAGAGAUGAUCACAGCUACUACCCAGAGCACUGUGGAGUCGGCUCCGCCCCUUCUAAGCUCCACCCCUAACCGCCUCUCAACCGGUCCCGUCAUCACCCUCAAUGGAAAGACAUACAACAUUGGAGAUCCUUACGUCGAUGAUAAUGGCCGCCUCAUCCCUGGCAAGGCAUUUGGACCCAACGGCCGGCCGGUGUCCGUCACGCUAGACAAUGCACCGAUCAACCAGAUGCCAUUCUUUGCAGGUUUCUUGAUCAGCUUCAUAGUGGAUGCCCGUGGUGGUACCAUGCGUAGCUGUCGUCUACCCGGCCUCCGUGUCGUGGUACCCCCACAGCGCGCCUCCGGUCCCACACGGGUCACCUGCCGCCUCAUCAAGCGCACCAAGCUCACCACCCAGCCACCCCUUAUGGAGAACGAAUCCCUCGCAAGCCGAGUUCUCGAGGUUGGGCCAGCCAACACCCAGUUCUUAGGGGGUCUUGGAAAUAAGAGCGUGACCUACCCUCCCCUUAACGACGGCGAAGCCCUCUGUAGCCGAAUCAUUGAAAUGGGGCCGCCGAGUGAAAAGUUUUUGCGGCCAGUUUUGAUCGAGGUGCCGCACUUUGCCUCACUUCGCGGCAAUGAGCGUGAGAUCGUGAUCCUUCGCAGUGAGACUGGGGAGACGUGGAAGGAGCAUUCCUUGGAUGCUUCGGACGAGGAAAUCCAAAAAUCAAUGGAGGGAUAUGAUGUGGAGGACAAUGAUCAGUCCAAGGGCCAGACGGACCGCCGCAUGUGCCGUAUCUUGACCAAGGAUUUCCCACAAUACUUUGCAAUCAUCUCAAGGGUACGCCAGGAGACCAAUACGAUUGGUCCAUCAGGAGGCAUGUUGAACUCAACGGUCGUUCCACAGGUCCAGGCAGUGUUCCCAGAAGGAACCCUCACCAAAAAGAUUAAAGUGGGACUGCAGGCUCAACCAGUUGGAAACGAUGUCGUCAAGAAGGUCUUAGGAAACCGUGUCAUGGUCAGCCCCAUCGUCACCAUCGAGCCACGACGCCGGAAAUUCCACAAGCCCAUCACGGUAACCAUCCCCGUACCCACGGCAUACAACCAAGGGGUUAUCAAUGGGUAUGGAGGGGAUUUCCCUACUCUUAGGCUUCUCUGUAGUAUUACAGGUGGCACUGCACCAGCGCAAUGGGAAGACAUCACCGGUACAACUCCUCUGACCUUCGUUAACGACUGCGUCUCCUUCACAACCACAGUCUCAGCAAGAUUUUGGCUAAUGGACUGUAAAGAGAUCGACCAGGCGAGUAACUUUGCAAGAGAACUCUACCAAGAGCUCAAGGCAGUUCCCUUCAUGGCCAAGUUUGUCGUCUACGCCAAGACGCACGACCCCAUUGAAGGGAGGGUGCGCGUCUUCUGCGUGACGGACGACAAGAGCGAAAAAUCCCUUGAGCAACAAGAGAACUUCAAGGAAGUAGCAAGGAGUAAAUUUGUCGAGGUACUAGAAAGUAGACCAGUCUACAUCGAGAUGGCAGGAAACCUCGUUCCUGUACAGAAGUCUGGUGACCAACUUAACCUCGCCUUCACCGCCUUCCAUGAGAACAGGCUACCGUUCUUCGUCAGGGUACGCGACCAGUCGUCCGAACGAUGUGGUCGACUGUCUUUCAUGCGUGAGCCCAAGGUGCCAAGAGGCCUUCCGCCCCAGAAGGCCGCUUGCAACCUCAACGUCACGAUGCCAUCGUAUGUCAAGGUGAAAAAAGCUAGCGAAAGCGAAUCCGAGAGUGAAUCAUCAAGCGAAGAUGAGGAGUACAAGAUGGAAAAGGGAGAGCAGAAAGAGCAAAAGAUGUUCACAAAGAAAGAGUUGUAUUCACUCACGAGUAUCGAAGAAUACCAGGAUGGAAGCAAGGAACAAGAUGGAGUUCCAAGCAAUAUCAACUUCGCAUCAAUCAAACUACGCAAGAAGUACACAUUCCUCCAAGACCCCUCAAUGAGUCCGAAGAGCGCCCACCAGAGAGCCGAAAUCAGGUUGUGGGACGUAGCCAACCAGGUAGGAGAUCAAUGGCAGGACCUUGGCCGUGAGUUAGGUCUUAACGAGAGAGAACUCAAGGCCAUUGAGAGGGAGAAUGACGACAGACCAGAACAGGCCUUUGUUAUGCUCCACAAUUGGGCGGAGCAAGAAGGCAAAGAUGCAACAAGUGAGAAACUAGAAGAAGCACUCAGGAGUAUCGGUAGGGGAGACAUCAUCGACCGUUGCCUAGGCAAAUAUGUUAGUCUAGAUGUUUCAGCCCAACCAGAUGACGAUUCAGAUAUGAUGAGAGACAUUCAGAUGGCUCUCGACCAAUCAGAUCGCCUAGGAAACGACCUUGAUGCCUUCUCACCUCAAGGUCAAGCAGACAUCACGCUAGAGUUCUCUGGGGGGCAACAAACACCUGAUAUUCUUCAAAGUACAUUAGAGGAGCAAGCUCGUCAAGAAGUUACAGAUAGAUUAAUCAAGGAGUUGAAAGAAGAAGCUAUCGAGGCCAGUUCCUCCGAGGAUGUGCAAGAAUCAGCAGCUGUAGCCGAAUUCUAUGAGGAGAUCAAAGAAGAGAUACUUGAGAAACAUGAAGAAGAGAGAAGAGAGCUGCACUUUGAACCCUCGUUUGGAACGCUGGAAGAAACGAAAGAGGAGGAUUCUCCCUCUCCAACUGGACCACAGAAGUCAAACGUGGACAUGGCUUCUGCGGGUCCGUCCUCCUCAAAAAGUGUAACGGUCACGCAGACUCGCGUAACGGUCACUUCCAAAAGUUCCAACCACCCUGUUGAAUCAGGUUCUGAAUCCUCAGCAGAAACCGCGGUCUUUGUAGGUAGUGCUGAUAAGACUCUUGAAGGAGCUGCAGAACAGAUUAGGGUCCAGGUUGAUUCUAUUUCCUCUGAAGGGGCUGUAGAGACAGAUGAACUAGAAGGGGUUCGUUUGGAAUCCAAGAUGUCGCAAGUUAGGAUCGAAGUUGAUGAGGCACCGACGCCUGAUCGCAUGAGCUCCGAUGAGAAUCUUUACAUUGCCCAUGCUAAGAACAUUGUCCAAGAGCCAGAGAUUGAAGCAAGUGGUGAGCAGCAGCAAGAAAGCAUUAACCCAUACAGGGACAUGGAGCCAGAUCCAAUCGGUGAUGUUGUCAUCGAGGAACCCCAGAUCCAAUCCCAGUCAGAACAGCAGGUGGAGGGUAUUAAUCCGUAUGCUGACAUGGAGCCAGAACCCUUGACAGGGUCAGAGCCGAUUGAAGAACCAUCCUUCGCUGCCGUUUCUACAAGUGAUGUUCAUGGGAUCAACCCCGAUCUGUUGGGAGACCCAGAGCCUCUUGAUGGCACAGCCAACAUCCCAGGCCCAGACCUGACUGACCUCAGACAUACCUCGAUGGGAGCUCAGGCAUGGGAAGGAGAUACCUCACCCGGACAACAGACCUUCCAUCAAAGCCCUCUUGAGGAGUUCAAGAUGGGACAUCCUGGAGAAUCCACGGUGCAGCAAAUCACAAUGGAACACAAAAUUAUCAUGUCCAAGACCGAAACCCAAAGGUCAGAACCAGGUGUUACAGGUUAUAGCGUGUCCACUUCGGAAGUGACCGUUUCCGAGUCUGGGUCCCCGCGUCUCCUAGAGGACGAGGUUCCCUUGGCAACAGAGCAGUUUGCUCAGAAACUUGCUUUGUCCAUUCUAAAUGAUGUCCGUGAUUCAGCUCGACCAACUGACCUUGGGGAGCCUGGGAAACCAACAGAGCAUCAAGAAAAAACCAGGGUGGAGACUACUCGAUCAGAGACGGUAACAACAGUGAGAACCAUAGAGCAGAAGAUCAUCACCGGGGAAAUUACCAAGAUGGAAAUCAAGGAAGACUUUCCGGAAAAGCCGCCAAAGGAAUCAAAGGAAUAUAAAGAAGAAGUGCUUGAUCAUGAAAUGCCACCCAAAUCAAAAGAACUAGAACCAGUUGAGACAUUUGAAUCAAAGGUCAAAGAUGUAGAAAGAUUACAAGAGUCUGGAGCAGUUGAACAGACUGAGGCUCAGGUUGUUCAGGACAUUCCUGUGAAAGAGGUUGAGAAGGAAAGGGUAGAGAACAGAGAAGUAGUUGUUGAAUAUGAUGUAAAAAGUGAAGUCAAAGAAUCUGAAAAACCAACUGAAACAGGACAGCCAUGUGAAGAACCGGCUAUGGAAGACCAGGAGGUUAAUGAUAUUGUAAUGGUUCAUGAUUCUAGAGUUUCCCAAGAUGUUAACAUCCAAGGAGAAUACCAAGCUGGUCCUCUUGAACGUUUAGUUCAGUCUCCUGAGCCAGUUCCUAGUCCAGAUGCUGAGCAAAAGGAGGUUUAUGAAUAUGAGCAACAGAAGGAAGUGACAGAUGUAAGAGAGACAACUAAGGUUGAAGAGAAGACAGUCAAUGUUGUAGAAAUUAAGGAAGAGAGGCAUAUCGCACUGGAACCAGAAGUAUCAGAGUCUGUUGCUGAACAGCCAGAAUAUCCUAUGCAAACCAAGAAUCUCCAAGGCUUUGAUAAACCAACUGAAAUACUGGCAGCUGAAAAGGAAGAUGAUGAGACUGUUAAAGAAGAAAGUAAGGCAAUGGCAACAAAAGAACUUUCUGAUGAACCUGUGAUUGAGAUGGAUAAAGUUGAGGAAGUUAAAGAAGAAGUAGAAGAAGCUUCUCAUUCACCAAAAAGAGAAAAUGAGACUGUUACUCAUUAUCAGGAGACAGUCACUACUGUAGUUACUACCACAGAAAUUCGAGGACGUGAAGAACAGGAAGUAGAUGGUGGUAUCUUCAGUAGACCAACUGCCUUGGAAGAUAAAGAGGAAUCAGGAGAAAUUCCUGGAGAACAAGUAAGAGAAUAUGUUUCAAAUGUUGUUGAUUCUGCUAUUAUCCAAGAACAGUCUCGAACAGAACUGGUAGAUGAAGAAAACAAAAAACCGAGUGUUGAUUCAGAUAACUUGAAAGAAGUUUCACCAUUUGAGGACUCGCAAGAGAGUACAACAGUCUUAGAAAAAGAGCCUAAUGAAGUUGUCAAAGAGACAAUUCAAGUUAAAGAGAAAGAGCAAGUAGUCUUUGAUGAGCCUCAAGAAGAGCAAGCGCCAAUACUCGCAUCAGAGCCCAUCAAAGAUACUCCUGAGGAUGUUCCUAAAGAGAAUGACGAACCACUCCUUGACCAAAAGACAGAAGUUGUAGUCAAAGAGACAGUUCAAGUAAUCGAGAAAGAGCAAGUGGUCUUUGAAGAUGAACCUCAAGAAGAGCAAGCACCAACACUUGCCUCAGAGCCCAUCCAAGCUCCUCCUGAGGAUGUUCCUAAAGGAGAUGACCAACCACACAUUGAGCAAAAGACGGAAGAGGUUGUAGUCAAAGAGACAGUUCAAGUUAUAGAGAAAGAACAAGUGGUCUUUGAAGAUGAACCCCAAAAAGAGCAAGCACCAACACUUGCCUCAGAGCCCAUCCAAGCUCCUGAGGAUGUUCCUAAAGGAGAUGACCAACCACACAUUGAACAAAAAACAGAAGAGGUUGUAAUCAAAGAGACAGUUCAAGUAAUCAAGAAAGAACAAGUGGUCUUUGGAGAUGAACCUGAAGAAGAACAAUCACCAACACCCACAUCAAAACCCUUUCAAGAUACUCCUGAGGAUGUUCCUAAAGAAAACGACCAACCAAUCUCUGAGCAGAAGACAGAAGAUGUUGUAGUUAAGGAGACAGUUCAAGUAAUUGAGAAAGAGCAAGUCAUCUUUGAAGAUGAACCUCAGGGAGACCAGACACCAACUGUCAUCUCAGAACACAUCCGUGAUACUCUUGAGGAUAUUCCUAAAGAAGAGGAGCAAUCAAUCAGGACAACAUUCAUUGAGCAAAAGACAGAAGAGGUUGUAGUAAAAGAGACAGUUCAAGUAAUUGAGAAAGAGCAAGUGGUCUUUGAAGAUGAACCUCAAGCAGACCAAACACCAACUGUCACAUCAGAAAACAUCCAUGAUACCCCUGAAGAUGUUCCUGAAGAAGAGGAGCAACCAAUUGGGACAACAUUCAUUGAACAGAAGACAGAAGAGGUUGUAGUCAAAGAGACAGUUCAAGUAAUUGAGAAAGAGCAAGUGAUCUUUGAAGAUGAACCUCAAGCAGACCAGACACCAACUGUCUCCUCAGAACACAUCCAUGAUACCCCUGAAGAUGUUCAUGAAGACGAGGAGCAAUCAAUCAGGACAACAUUCAUUGAGCAAAAGACAGAAGAGGUUGUAGUCAAGGAGACAGUUCAAGUAAUUGAGAAAGAGCAAGUGGCCUUUGAAGAUGAAUCUCAGGCAGACCAGACACCAACUGUCACCUCAGAACACAUCCAUGAUACUCCUGAGAAUGCUCCUAAAGAUGUUCCUAAAGAAUAUGACCAAUCAAUCUGUGCAACAUUCAUUGAGAAAAGGACAGAAGAGGUUGUAGUCAAAGAGACAACUCAGGUUAUAGAGAAAGAGAAAGUGGUCUUUGAAGAUGAACCCCAAAAAGAGCAACCAGCAACAUUCACCUCAGAGACCAUCCAAGCUGCUUCUGAGGAUGCUCCUAAAGAAGACGACCAACCACUCAUUAAGCAAAAGACAGAAGAGGUUGUAGUCAAAGAUACAGUUCAAGUUAUAGAGAAAGAACAAGUGGUCUUUGAAGAUGAACCCCAAAAAGAGCAAGCACCAACACUCACUUCAGAGCCCAUCCAAGCUCCUCCUGAGGAUGUUCCUAAAGGAGAUGACCAACCACACAUUGAACAAAAAACAGAAGAGGUUGUAAUCAAAGAGACAGUUCAAGUAAUCAAGAAAGAACAAGUGGUCUUUAAAGAUGAACCUGAAGAAGAACAAUCACCAACACCCAUAUCAGAAACCUUUCAAGAUACUCCUGAGGAUGUUCCUAAAGAAAACGACCAACCAAUCACUGAGCAGAAGACAGAAAAUGUUGUAGUCAAGGAGACAGUUCAAGUAAUUGAGAAAGAGCAAGUCAUCUUUGAAGAUGAACCUCGGGAAGACCAGACACCAACUGUCACCUCAGAACACAUCAGUGAUACUUCUGAGGAUAUUCCUAAAGAAGAGGAGCAAUCAAUCAGGACAACAUUCAUUGAGCAAAAGACAGAAGAGGUUGUAGUCAAGGAGACAGUUCAAGUAAUUGAGAAAGAGCAAGUGGCCUUUGAAGAUGAAUCUCAGGCAGACCAGACACCAACUGUCACCUCAGAACACAUCCAUGAUACUCCUGAGAAUGCUCCUAAAGAUGUUCCUAAAGAAUAUGACCAAUCAAUCUGUGCAACAUUCAUUGAGAAAAGGACAGAAGAGGUUGUAGUCAAAGAGACAACUCAGGUUAUAGAGAAAGAGGAAGUAACUUUUGAGGAUGAAACCAAAGAGGAGCAAGCACAAACUGUCACCUCUGAGCACAUCCAAGAUGCUACUUACAAUGUUCAAGAGGAUGUACCCAAAGUGCCAGUCGAAGAGCCAACUGUAGAGGAUUCAGAGUCGGGUCAAGAUAUGACAUUACACAGAGAGGACGAAUUUACAACACAGAAUUUAGAAUUCCUUGGUGCUCCUGAAUAUGAUGAAGAAGAUAUUUCAACAUCUAUGGAGGUGAUGCCUUCUGAGCGAGAAAAUGUUGAUGGAGAUGAUGAUUUCCUUGAAGAUAUCCAGGAAGAACCAGAAGGUGAUGAAAUGGAGAGAACAGAUAUUGCUCCUUCACAGACAACAUACAUCUAUGAAGAAAGGACGCAACAAGUUCUCAUUUCAAAUGAACAAGUAGAAUCGAGUGCUGUCACUACAGAGUCUCAUGAAGAGAUAAUCUCAGAAGAGCGUAUUGGAGAAAAAUCAAGCACUACAGAGUUCAGUCACACAGUCUUGCAGGAGGAAAUACACCUUCUUCCAGGAGAUGCACCUGUGCAUUUAGAACAUGAUGCAAAGCCUCAGAAUGAAGAAAAGAGAGACAUAAUUCAUGAAAACAUUGAGGAAAUUGGUGUAACUGCAGUCCACUCAGAGAUAAACUUUCACACUAAACCCAUUAUGGACCAAACCAAAGUUGACGAAGAAAAACUUGUCAAAGUUCCAGAUGAUAGGGAAAUAAUAGUACAAGAACCCCUUAGAGAUGAACCUGAAGUAAGUGUGGAAGCAAGAGACUCUGAACCUUUCACUGAAGCAACCCCACAAGACCAGGUUAGUGAAAUAUCAAUUACUGAAGAGCGAAUAGGGGAGAAGGUUGUGACUUCCACCUUCAAGGAAACUGUUUUACACCAAGAAAUACACAACAUUGUUGAAGAGAGUCCUGCUGUUACAGAUGAGUCAGAACCACCUAAAGAAGAGGUCAAAGGUACUGUAUGUGAAACUGUACAUCAAACCACUGUGACAUCAACUCACACUGAGAUAGUGAGUACUCUACCAGUCACUGAGAAAUAUUUGGAAGAGAUGUCUGGAGAAGAACAACAUACUCCAGAAGAAGAGCAAACUCAACCAACUAAUGCAGAAAGGGAAGAUUUGUCACCACGUGAUGAGGGUAUGACAUCAGAAGAUAUUGAAGAACUGCAGGAAGACCAGCAAGGCCAAAUUCGUGAAAAUGGAAGUUUUUCUCAUGAAACAACAACUGAGGAAACAAGAAGUAUUGUAACUACAAGGGAAGUAAGGUUUGUAGAAGAUAUCAAGGUUGAUGCAAGUGAACCAGAAGAUGAGACACACUUGGGUGAAGAACCUGACAUGACUGAACAUGAUAUCUCAAUUGAUGAAGACCAAUCAGAUGACUCAGAUAUGAUUCCAGAGAUCAAGUUAGAUUUGCAGUCUGAUGAGAUUGUUCAGGAUGAUGAUGUUCUGGCAGAGAGGCGAGCAAGAGACCAUGGUUAUCUAAUUGAACCCGAUCCACCAACAGAAGAAAGUGAGAUCAUCCUUGGAGAAGAUGAAAUCUUUGAAGAGCAACUUGGUGUAGAUGAUGAAGAUCUAGAUACAAAGACAGACAGUAUCAGUUACAUGGAAGAACAGGUGGAUGAGACAACUUUCAGCAAAGAAGACCAGCAAUUGGCCGAGAGUGUUCCAGUGGAUUAUGAUAUUCAACCAUCAGAUAUUCCCCAUGUAGAGGAUAAAUCUGAACGAAGGCCAGAAUACAAAGAAGAAGAAGCUGACAUUACAACCUCUUACAAGACAAUUGAAGAGUCAAUGAUCAUUCAAGGUGAAGUGUACCUUGAAUCUGAACCGAAAGAAGAACAGAAACCAGAUGGUGGAGAAAUGGCUCCUGUUGAACAAGAGCUGGACACAUUACGUGAAGAUGGAAGAAGUACUCCAGACAUUCUUGACAUCACUGGUGAAUAUGCAACCAGCUAUGCACAUGUUGAGAUGAGUCAGCAGUCCUAUCAAGUUGAUGAACCGAUGGCUCCACUUGAUGUGACUCAGGAAGCGGGAGAGGGAGAGACUCCCAGAUACACUGAAGAGAUGGAUGUAAGUACAGGAGAUUCUAAAGAAGGUGCAGCUCUUGUAGCCACUGAACAGCAAUAUCUUGUUGACACUCCAGUAUCAGAGACCAGUACACAUGAGCAGUGGGUAGAAACGCAAGUUGGGGAUGCUACUGUGAGAACCAGAGAGACCCACAAGGAAGAAACCUACACUGAUGAAACAGAAGAUGGACAGACAGUAUACACAAGGCAUGUUGUGACAGAAACCAGAGUUAUUACAAGUGGUGGUCCUUUGCUGGAAGGUAUGAUACAUCCUGCAGAGUAUCCUGAGGAGUUGAUCAUCCAACCACAGCCCCCUUCUCCAGAUUCUCUACUCACCCCUGAAAUCCAGGAACUUCCUGACACUCCAGAAUCAUCCACACAUGAGGGCUCUACUGAACCCACUGACAAUCAAGGUUUCUGCUUUGAAACCAUGGAUGUUACACAGUCAACAUCUGAAUCUUCUCAGUUUGUUGUAGAUGAUGUUUUGGACCAUCAAGUUCAGCAGGAGGAGGAGCAACAAGAAGCACCACUUUUAGAUGGCCCAACUGAAUCUGAUUACUAUGAUCCAAGCUUGAUAGGUGUUCCUCAGCAACAAGAGUAUGAUUAUGAGUUGGAAGAGCCUGAACCAGAAAUUAUUGACUCUCCACAAGAUGUAGAACUGCCGGAAGGAGAGGACAUUUCCUCUCAGCAAUAUUCAGAUUUCACUCUACAACAGGAGGUCAGUGCAAGUCUUUCACAUCAAGAUCAAUCUCUUGGAGAUGUGCCACAUAGCGAAACAGUGGUCCAAGAAUCCCAUGUGGAGUUUUUAGUACACUCCGAAGAGCAGUCUGUCCCUGACAAUGAAACUUUUGAUGUAGCUGAAGAAGAUCGGGCAGAUUCUAUUGUGAGCCCAAGACCUCCUGAGCCUGUUUCAGAGGUUGAGGCACAGCUGCCUCCCAUAGAUGUGAGUGUCCUAGAGAGCUCACCAGCUCCAGAACCAGAGACUGAAAAACUUGAUGAGGGUGCUGUUGGGGAUGAAGUAGACAGUCCUACAAAGCCAUACAAGGGUCAAAUACCCAUUCCAACAUCUCCCAAAUCAGAAGGUUCGGAAGAACCUCCAAAAUCUCCUCAAGGAUCUGUUGAUGAUCAGUCCGACCAUGUUGUCACUCAUGAGGAAUAUGAGACCAAACAAGAAGACGGUGGCGUGGUCAAGAAAUCCGUCCAUGUCACCCGCACCACAUUCCGCAGAGAGGUCAGCUUUCCUGGAGCGGCCGUUCAAAGUGGACAGGCUAUCCUACAGACCAGAUCUGUUUCUGAGUUCCAUGCCGGUCCAGACCAGACUCACCUGAGAUCAAGAGAGGAAAUGGAAGAGUCCACUCCCCAGAUUACAGAGCCAUUGGUCGAUGAGCAACUGGAUGCACCUAUGGUUUUAGGGGAAAAGGAGGAGAAGCCUGCAUUCACACCAGAGGAACUAGAAGACUUUGCUCAAGCUUUAAAUGACUUUGCCAUCAAUGACUUACCGGAAGAUGACCAGGAGUCACCAGCCGCUCCCUCGGACCAAGCCGUCGUCCAGGAAGACAUGAGCGCCACGGAAUCGGCCCCACCCGCCGUGGAAACCAACCUUAAAACUCUUGAUGAAAUGACACCGGAAGAAGAAAAGGAGAUGGAAGAUCUUCUGAACAUGGACUUCACCAAGGCCUAUCAACAACCAACGGAAGAGGGCCAAGCACCAAGAUCAUCUGAGCCCGAGGAAGUAUCUCCAUCUACUCCAGCCAGUCCGACCACUCCUCAUGUUGACCUUAUGCCGGACGACACUGAUCUCCUGGCUGCAGCCAAUCAGCUCCAGAAGGAAAUGGAGGAGGAGGAGGAGCCAGAAGUGGGCGGAGCUAGUGUGGCAGAAGCUGGAGAUGAGGAGCGCGAGCCCAAAACGCCAGAAAUCACAGAUUUCCUGGAGGGACAGUUUUCUUUCCUUCCAGAUGAACCCUUGGGAGUGGUAGAGACUGAACCAAAUAUUGAGUUCCCACCAGAAAUGGAAAUACCUGUCGAUGGCGAUGAGGACGUUGAGGAGGAGAUCGAGGAAUACGAAGAGACCCUUGAUGAUGGUACGAUCCGUAAGGUGAUCAAGAGACGGAUCAAGAAGCGAACUGUUCAGAUGAUUCCUGUAGAGAUCGACCCAUCAGAUUAUCCUGAGGGAGCCUUUGGGGAUGAUGAUGAUGUCAGGAGAAUAACUGUACACAAGAAAGUGACACGCAAGACAUUCAUGAGAGAUGGAGAGGAGGUUGACCAGCAAGAAGAGGUUGAAACCAACAUUGAAGAGGAUGGCGUUGUCAAAGAGAACAGUGAACUACGAGAAGACCUCCAGCAGAUCGUAGACGGACUCCUCAAGGAUCAAUCAAUAGAGGGCGAAAGUACCAUGACAGUUGUUGUUUCAGAAGAAACACAUGAAGGCGAGGAAUCUGAAAUUUAGAACUUUUCUUUUUGUGUAUAUGUGGUGGUUUUGUGAAGUCAUUUCAUAUGCUCCUGGAGCUUGAUGGGCUCACAUGUUGGAUAAAUGCAAAAGAUCAUAGCAUGGUUUUACAUAAUUAAUAUGACACAUUAUUGUCAGACUGAAGUUCAAUUAUACGACAUGUAUGAUUGUGGCAAAUUGAAUUUUUAUGAAAUUCUCAUUGCUCCGAGUGUGAAUUUAGAAAUUAUCAUGAAAUUAAACAAAACUUUCCUUGAUAUUGUCUUGUAUAAAAUUUUAAGAUAGUUAUUGUAUAUCUAAACAUUACCUAUCUUCUGUAUUUGAUAAACUUUAAUUAAUUCUGAAUGGUGAAUCAUUACUCCUGUUAUGUAACUUUGAGAAGGUAGUUACCAUGGUUAAGAAGCAAAUGCUAUGCUCAUAUGUAGGUACUUGUGAUGUAGGGCUAGUGCAAAGAUGAGGUCAAUGAACUUAUGUGAACUUUGACCUCUGACUUGACUAUGAUUAUCUUGUAAUUAUUGUACAUGUUUAAUAAUAGACAAAGUGAUUGUGUGUGUGGCCAUGUCAUAAAGUAGUCUUGUGUGUUUGUAGCUUGACAUAAAAUGCAAGCAAGAAUAAACGGCAGAAUUUCACAAAAGUUGACUGCUGUUUACAGUUUUUUACAUGGAUACAAACAAAAUUAUGGAGGGAGAUUGGUAUUUUGUUGGAGGUGUGGGGGUUCGGAAUAAAAAAUAUUUAAUUUUGAAACUUGAAGUGUUUCUGGGAGUAAGGGAAUGGUCUAUUGCUUCAUGUCGGAUAAUGGUAUUUCAGAGAAUAUUUCUUGUUUUGUCUGUAUAAAAAUUGAUCGUAAAAAGAAAUCUAGCUUGUUUUAUUUGAAUAUAGAUUUAUGACUUUCUUUAGAUUUUUCUUUUCGUCGGUAUUCUUUCGUGCCAACUGUGAGGCAAUCAUGUUUCCCGUUUUGUACAAGUUGUAGCAAUUGGCUUGCCUUGGGUGUUAGUUUUGACUAAUUAAUUGAUACUCUGACAUCUCCGAAUGAAAUCCAACUAUUUCUGGGUGUAUGUUAAUUGCUGUUUGCUUUAGUAUCUGUGAUUUCAAUAUUCACUCAUGAAGAAGAUAUCUGGAGGUAAACUUGAUAUUCAGUAGACUCUUGCCCGAGGUUCAGUGUAAUGUGCAUAGAUAAAUCUGUGAUUUUUGUGUGAAAUUUCAAUCAAUCUGUUUCUAGAGAAGAAAUGCUGUAUAUGGCUUUAUGAUGAUAAUGAAAUAUGAAUAUUUGUUAGUUGGUAAAAAAAAAGGAAUUGAAAACUUACAUUCUUAUUUACUUGGCAGAUGUUAUAAUGCUGUGCAUGCCCAUACUAUUAAAGCCAUUAUGUAAUACCAUAUAGAGUCUUGUCAUAUUUUGUGCAGUACUUGUAUGGUUUGCCCCAGUGUAUAAUGCCAUUACAUUUUACCAUGUGAUAUAAUAUUAUUGAAAGUGCAAAAUUUGGAUAAGGAUUCUGAAAGACGUAUUUUGAUUUUCCUUUAGCUAAAAACAAUUUAUUGAGUAUAAAUUUUGAAUUUAUCCAGCUUCAAUGAAAUAUUGAAUAGUAAUCACAAUAUAUAGAUGUUUAUUAAAGAGUGUUUACUGUAGUCAUGUAAUAAUGUAAUGGCAUAGGAAUGAAAUACAAUACUGAUUUACUUUACUAGUUAGGAGCAAAAUUUUAUGAUAUGCUAUAUGAUUGUUUCUUCGAAGACUGGGUAAUUUAUCCUCUUAUUUCUGUGAUAAUGGUAAAUAUAUAUAUAGAUCAAAUGUAUUGCAGUGCAGAUGAUAAUCAAUAGACUAGAAAAUGCACUUCAGACAAAAAUAGACAGGUAGCUGUGAAAAUGUCCAUUUAAAGACAUGCGUGGAUUAGAUGAAAAUAACUAGUAGACAGCUCUUUAGGAUUUAGGUAGUAUAUGAAAAGAAAUGAAACUGCAUUUCAACUGCACAACAUGAAAAGAAGUGUAUUUAUAAAAGCUAUUUAGUACACUUGUACGAGUCUGCAUUUUGUGAAAAUUAUGUAAAUUCCACUUCAACAAGAAAAAAAAAUGGUUGUGAUAUUUUGAGUUCUUCCUACAAAGAGGGAGGUAUUUCGUACGUUGUUUUCUCUCUUUUUUUGUUUCCUGACGUGACUGUAUAGAGUAUUUCAUUCUUGAGGUAUAAUGAAAGGGAAAAAAAUAUGGUAAACAGGAAAUCGUGUGAAACAGCUGUUUGAAAAAAAAAUCAUGUGCGUUUAUUCUAAGGAGAAAGGUUACUCUGUCUGCACGUUCCCAGUAAAUGAGAUAAAAAAAAUUA